UUUAGCAAAGUUGAAAUUUUGUUGUAAAUAGUUUUAUAUUUUUUUAUUUCAUUUCUUACAGUGUGUAUAUGUAAUGUUCUGUGAAAAUACUAAGUUUGGUCUUUGAUUUGAUUGUAAGAAAAGUUUUAGUCAACUUGCUGGCCUUCACAAAGUUAUUACUUAACUUAGACCACAAGACGCGCGGAGAAUUUAUUUGGGAUAAUGUCAUCCUAAGAAUCUGUUUCGUAACAGAAGGCCAAUUAAUUGCGUACACUAUUUUAUGACGCUCAAACUACCAAGUUGUUUAUUUAAACGAAGGACUUUUCCAUAGGAUAUUCGCUAUUUUCUAUACGCUAGUCGCAUACGUUAAACUUUUGGCAGAGCUUUAAUCUGAAUAUCGAAAUAUAUUCAUGUACAAAUAAUACUUAUUCAUAGUUAUCCGGAAUAUAUUCAUAUUCAUCUAAUUUUAAUUUACUAGCACCAUAUUAAAAAAUCUUAAAAAUGCCAAGAAAGCUUCUGAAGUUUUUAAUAGUAUUCGAUAAUACAUCACUCCUGUAUUUUCCUGGGCAGUUUUUGUCUGGGAAGGUUCUGAUGGAGUUACAAGAUGAUACACCAGUGCUCGGUCUACAUUUCCACGUGAUAGGGGAAGGAGUAGUGAGAGUGGGCUCCGGUAGGCAUGAGAGGCUCUUUGACAAAGAGAACUACAUUGAUUUCCGCAUGCGCCUCCUUGGUGAACCAGGUCACAGCGCAUCAAUCUUAUCACCUGGUAUACACAGUUUUCCCUUCAAGUUGGGUUUGCCAAUGGGCCUCCCUUCCACAUUCCUCGGAACGCACGGAUGGGUACAGUACUAUUGCAAGGCUGCACUGCGGGAACCCAAUGGAUUGACACAUAAGAACCAACAAGUGUUUAUUGUUAUGAAUCCGAUUGACUUGAAUUUGGAGCCUCCAGUUUUAGCACAAGAGUUCGAGCUGAGCGUGGAGCACAAGUUGGGCGUGGGCUGUGUGGGCGGCGGCACGGUGAGCUGCCGCGUGGCGCUCGACCGCGGCGCGUACGUGCCCGGCCAGAGCAUCGCGCUGUCGGCGCUCGUGGACAACCGCUCGCGCACGCACAUCCGCGCCACCCGCGCCGCGCUCACAGAGACCAUCCAGUACAGCGCGCACGGCAAGGUGGCGGCCAAGGAGUCGCGCGAGCUGGCGCGCCUCGCCCGCGGCAAGCUGCGCGCGGGCGAGGCGCAGCGGUGGCGGGCCGAGCUGCUGUACGUGCCGCCGCUGCCGCCCACCAACCUGCGCGGCUGCCACCUCAUCUCCGUGCAGUACGACGUGUUCUUCAUCAUCGAGCCGAAGAGUCUGGAGAAAGAGGUGAAGCUCCAGCUGCCGAUCCUGUUGGGCACGUACCCCUUCCGCGACGCGGACGCCGAGGCGCACCCGCCCACGCACUACCCCACCACGCUGCCCAUCUUCCGGCCCUGGCUGCACGACAAGCAGAAGGAGUGACUGCCUCUCACCUAGAUACGUAUACCCUGCGCUGUACACUGGGGCCACCUAUCAUUAAAGUCACAAGUUUUUUAUCAAGGGACUGGGGUAAUAUUAAUUACGUGAGGUGUUUAGGGAUUGGGUGUAGGCGACCCUAAUUCAAUCUCAUGCAAUUUCGAUUCACCUUAGGAUCAAUUCAUAUAGUACUGUACAUUUACUGUUCCAUUUCAAACCAGACCGUAUACUAUAUUAAUAAGAAAAUUGUAUGACUAUCUAAAGUUGACUUGCGCAUACUCGGUUGUGCGCUCUGCAAAUUGAAGGAUUUUGAUCGUGUUUGAACUGACCAUAACAAACAGUUUGAAGUUAUGGCACAAUAUAAUACUCCUGGCUCUUUAUUAGGUACGUGUCGCUCUUUUAUCUUCAAUAGGACUGUCAUAAGUAAACACUUAGAAUGUUUGAAUUAGACUGUAUGGAAAAACGAAAAUGCUUCUUUUGAUUUAAUAUUUAUUCCUUAUGCACCCUUCAAUAGUAUUUCGUAAUUCGGUUAAAUUUUGUAUAAAUACAUGCCGCGCACAUACGCUCUUAAUUUUAUGUUGGGACCAACUAUAGAAUAUAAACAGAGGUCUUUUUUUCUCUAAUUAUUUUAAGCUACAAAAGAUUUUAAUACUGCCAUUGUUUUAUAAGUAUUAUUAAGGAAAUAACUCAAAUGAUUAUUUGUGUCACAACAUCUACGUGUCCCAUGGCUGGGCUCAGGCGAGUCUCACUGGAGGAAGGAAUUAAAGUUUAUCAUCACUGCUGCAAAAAAGGGUUUUCAAGAUUAUUGCCAAGUGUUAAAUUAACGAUUAAUUUACAUAAUUUUUAACAAAACACCGACCUUAUAUUUCUUAUUUACCUAAAAAACCCGAACAUCUUUCAAUAUGAUACGACUUGGGAAACCGACUAUCUUAUUGCUUGAAAAGAUUCAACCUCAUUUUAUACCUACUUUUUGACAUUCAUUUUGAUGUAUAUUUUUUUAACUGAGCACUGACGUCACAUGUUACUUUAUUACCAAUUGUAUAGCCCGAUUCAAGAAAAUACAUGAAACCACGUUAGUCUCUCCCGCGGUUUUGUCAAAAUGAGGUUUUGUGGUUUUUUUUAAUAGCUCGGGUGCGGUUAAAAUGCUCAAGUGUGUUGACAUAAAAUGAAUCCAUUUUUUAAAUUAAUAUUUUUCCCAUUUUACUUUGCAAGGGUAUUCCUGUACAUUAAUCUCAUUCGAAAUAUGUUAUCUGCCGCAUUAAGUACCAACAUCAUCAUCAUCAAUUCAACCAAUUGACGUUCACUUUUGGACAUAGGGAGUUCCACUCUUGUAGGGAGUUCCACAAUCCACUCACGUUCUUGGACCGCAUGCCUUCAGCGGCUCUCAUCGACUUGGCUGAUUUCGUCUGUCCACCUCGUUGGGGGCCGACCUACGCUUCCUUUAUUAUUAAACCAGAAUAUCGUUCCAAUAUGGGUAUUUAAGGGGCGAGCAAAACAAUUCCUCUUAAGCCAGUAACACAUUGGCAAGUUCCACUGGCACUUUAGAUGUGGAUGGCAGUUAUUACUUAAAACAAGGAGACCAGCUUGCUCGCUAUCUAUAUGUAUAUAAAAAUAUAUUCAGUAAAUUUUCUGGCAGGUCUUAACCAAUUUACCAACCUUAACCUUUAAUUUUUUAAAUUCGAGGUGCUGUCAAAUGAUGCGUUUUGUAUGAGAAAAAUGGCAACUACCUAAUAAAACUACUGAAUUUGGCAGCUAGGGAAGUCCUUUAAGAUUGAGGAGGCAAACACUCACAGUUAGUGAAAUAGUUAAUAGUAUACUUAUAACCGUUUAUGUAUAAUAGUAUAUAAUAUAUGGCAGUCAGUUUUUUUUUUAUUAUUAUAAGCAAUGGUGCUCUUUUUUGGUGGAUAUUUUGUGUUCAGUUGUAUAUUUUCUCUAGCUCAGACUUUUUUACUGCUAGUUAGUGCCAUUUUAUAAUUAUCUUAAUUACUAUCUAACUAUUAAUAAGCUUUUAAGAAAACAUCCGUAUCGCCAUUUUAAUGGGCCACUUUUAACAGCUGCAAUUAUUUACUAUUUAUGUUUGCAUUUGAAGUAUAAAACAGACAAUUUUCUCAGAUAAAUAUGAAGGUUUCUUGGCUCAAAACGGGUCAAAGUUCAAUAGUAAUUAUGGAAUGAGUGAAGACAUCAGAAAGUUAAGGUGUCGGGUAUAGGUUCUUCCGCGGUGUCCAAACUUGGAUCCUGCGUAUGAUCGGUUCUGUUCCAAUCUACACCAAAGGCAAAAUGUAGGAGGGCUUGAUAUCGGUGCUAAUUUAGACGAGUAUUGCACGUGCAGCGCGUGUCUUCAAAUUCCCUAUUCGUUGUUUUUGAAUACCCAUGUCAGUGGUUUGUUAAUGGCUAGACCACAAAAUAAUUUUGCCUUUGCUGCUUAGCGUCGUUUAAAUGGUGCCAGCAGCGACUACGUAAACAGCAAAAAAUCAUUGUCAUGUUUUCUGAGUGGCCUUUAUCCGGCUAGUUGCGUAAGGCUUUUUCUAUUUGUAUUCCACAUCAUUAUAAUAUACGAAAAAACAGAAACAUGAUGUAAGAAAAAGAAUAUAAAAGGCGGCCCUAUCGCCUAAUAGUGAUCGAUCGAGUUAUACUUAUUAAAGUUUGCGACCUAUCGCCAAGAAUCUUAUAGUCGCAUGAACAUUUGCACGCAGCCAAAGCAACUAUUAAAAAAAUUUAUUGUUUCCGCCACUGUAUUCUAUAUUUGUAAAAUAGAGCUCAAUAUCCCUCAAACAAAGUUAAAUUUUCCGUAUACUUGUUAAAAUUUCAAAAGCGGCGCAUUAAAAUGACGGUAUUAUAAGUAAAAUGAAUUGCGGAUAUUAUAAAAUUUUUAAAAAAUAAAUUGUCUUUUUAAGUCUAUAAUAACUAACCUGUGAUAUACCGGUCCG